UAUGAAUGAGUACAUUUUGCAAAUUCAAGCAAAUGACACAGAUGUAGGAUCAGUUCAAGGAAUAUUUUAUAAUCUAAUUUCUUCAGAAAUUGCAGUAACCCUAGAUGAAACUUUAGGAAUUAUAAGAUCAAAUGGAAAGUUUACACCUGGUAAAUACAAUGUAAAAGUGAUGGCAAUUGAGAAUACAGUAGAAGCAUUAUCUUCUUCAACAGAAAUUACUAUCAAUGUGGCUGAUGUAAAUGAGUGUUCAAUGAUAAAUCAACCUCAUUCCAAUGAUAAAAUACUUCUUAAUUCUACAGUUCCACUGGGAUUUCUUGUGACAAGAAUUGAGGCUGUUGAUUCUGAUUCUGGUUUGGAAGGAGAUAUGAUUUUUAGCAUUAAACAAACCGAAGAUUUGGAUAUAUUAGGUGUGAAAGAGAAUUCUAAUGAAAUUGUAACAAUUCAAUAUCCCCUUCCUAUUGGACAAUUUAAAAGCUAUAUUAUUGUAUCAGAUAGAUCAAGUAGUCCUUGCUCAAGCACAGCAACAUUUUAUGUUUUCAUUGAAAAGGGAGAUGAAGAAGUUGAAUUGUUAACAACCACAAACGAAAUAUCAAGCACAGAGAAAUUUGAUACAACUACAGAGGAAUUUGAUUCAACUAGCAAUUCCAACCAUCUCUCUGAAAUGGUGACCACAAGUCAGGCAGACAUUUUCCAGCAAGGUUUUGUAAGCUAUGUUAUUAUUGGAGUUAUUACUGCAACAACUGUAUUAGUUAUUCUAAUAAUUUCCGUUGUAUAUUUCAUUAUUCAAAAUAAGAAAAAAUUAUUUUAA